ACUAUAAUUAUGAAUCUUAUCAAGCGUUUGCAGACCGAGGCUACUAGUUUUGGCUUCGAGCCUCUGCUGAUCCUGCCCAGCGGUCGGUCUAUCCAGCUGGCCUAUGGUUACAUCCCAUUGCUCGUGAGCUUCACACAUGAAGACAAGGCGGCUAAGGGUCUACGAAAGCGCAAGCCGGAUGAGAAGCCUAAGCCGCCCGUUUACUUCUCAGCGCUGGAGCUUGUGCGUGAUGAGAGAAUUCUGCUUUUGACUGGCGCCGCAGGAAGCGGCAAGACAAGUUUCGCGAAGCACCUCAGCUAUUGCCUAGCUAAUGGCAGCUUGGAGGCUCAGCCAUUGGUUCGUAACGAGCUUGGUAUGGUCUACGAUGAGAGUUGGGAGGCCGCCGGGAGAGUUUUAUCUAGCUACUUCACCGUGGACAAUCUGGAAACUCUACGGGGUUUGCGUGAGACCACCCUGCCCGAGCUCGUGGAGUCGUGGUCGGAGGGCGUUCGGCAGGGGGCUAGGGCUGGAACCAGCUUACUGAUUAUCCUCGACACAGUGGAGAAAGCGGAGAGUCGAGAAGGUCGAGAACUCCUCGCAAGCAUAGUUGCCUUCGUUGAAAAAUCAGGCAGCGCCCGACUCCUGGUGCUCGGUGAGACGGAAGCGCUGAAGAACUGGGUUCUUCCGCCCGCCAUAGCCCGCCACGAGCUGCUGCCGCUACUAGUUAUACAGAGGCAGCAUGCACUGGAUUCAAUUGCUAAUUGGACAGAACCCGCAACCACAACAGAGAAAGGAUAUAUCAAGAAAGAGACGUGUGUGAUACCGCAAGGUACUGGGGCAGGCGCAGCAGCGGCACUCCCUGCUAUUUUCGCGCUUGCGCUCCAUGCCAGCCACUCUGGCUCCAAGGCCGAGGACACGCUAGAUGCAUGGCUUGCGGUCGUGUGCCCCAGUUCAGAUUUGGCCAGCAGGUUAUCAGUUGAUGCGUUCGAUCGCGUUGUCGCUACCGUCAACAAGCAACAGACUCGACCACAUCUACACCGUGACGUGUAUCCUUCGUCGAGCCGAAGUAUGCCGUGGCUAGCUUCUACAGGCGCUGUCCAGCAGCUGUUAGCAGCUCGCCAUCUAGCAAAUCUCGUUCCUGAUGCCGCAGUCGAAUUGUUUCAUCUUGCGUCUUCGCUAGUAGAGCCCACGAUACAGAGCGUUUUGGGUACUUUGUCGACUAGCGAACGCCAGCGCGCCGGCUGCAUCCUGUCACGGCUGGGUGAUCCGCGGGACUUGACGGCUCUCACCAUAGUUCCUUUCGGAACUUUCAUCUUUGGAUCCCGUACUCAUCCGAACUCGCAGCCAGUGGAGCCUUUGAGUUUGAGGAACAGCUUCCGUAUCGGCAUUUACCCCGUGGUGAACCGUGAGUACGCGCUGUUCAUUAAGGAGACGCGCCGUGCGUGGCUCAGCCCCGAUGGUUUCACUCCCGAGUACCGAAACGCGCCUGCUACUGAUCUCACCUGGUUCGACGCUCGAGCGUACUGUGUAUGGCUGACAAAACGGUGGCAUGCAGACGGUAGUAUUGACCGGGCCGAGGAAGUACGGCUUCCGACAGAACCAGAGUGGGAGCGCGCAGCCCGUGGCAACCAGAAUUGCACCGGCGAGGAUUGCGAACUCGUUUACCCUUGGGGUACAAAGUGGCUGGACGAUGGCGCCAACAGCGAUGAAAGUGGACUGAAUAGACAGUGUGCCGUAGGGCUUUUCCCGACUGGGCGCUCACCGUACGGCUGCUACGAUAUGGCGGGUCAGGUGUGGGAAUGGUGCUCAACACUCUGGGGCGAAGAUAUGGCGACACCAUCCUUCAAAUAUCCUUAUCGGGAUGACGAUGGCCGUGAGGCACUUUGCGACGACGUACCGGGACAUAUACGCCGAGUUUUGCGUGGUGGCUGCUUCUCGAGUGCGAGGGCGAAGGUGUGUUGUACCUACCGGGGCAGCCUGGAGCCAGCGGGUUUCUGGCGUGGGAACGGAUUCCGAAUCGUUGUCGCACCCGUUGCUGGCCCAAUGGAGUCACGCUGA